AUGCUUGGAUCGCCUGCAAGUAGUUGUCUUAUUACUCAGGCUCCUUCACCUAGAAAGAGGGCUCCUGCCAAGCAUGUUUUGGCUACUGCUGCUAACAAUCUCGUUGAUCCUGGUGUCAAAAUACCUUCUAAUGGCCCUGAAUUCGAUUAUAUCGAGCAUAUUCGUCGUCUUUCGAGUGAACAGCGUCCACCAGUCGAUCAGAAUGCCAAUACUUUGAAUGAUAUACCGACAGAUCCUCUUGAGUCCGGCCUAUAUGAUGAUCCCUUCAAGUUUCCUGAGCAGGAAGCUACUACAGACACUCUUUUCGGGCCUUCUUCGAAUCCUAUAAGCAUAGAUUAUAAUUCCUCUUCUGAUUUCUUUAUGGGUUCAAACUUGGAAUCCGAUGCUAUGUUUUCACCCGUGACUCAUAAUUCCGUUUCAUCUGUCUCCGCCAAGUCUUCUUAUCAGAAAACUCCUUUAAUCACUCCAGCUAUCUCAAGAAAUUCUUCCUUCUCCUCUUCAAAACCACGAACCUAUUCUGCGAGUAGCAUCAACGGUCAUCUGCAGAUGUACAAUCAGCUGCAGAAGCAUCGUAUGCAACUUCGACAGCCUGCUAAUCACAUAGGGCCUACUCCUGAUGGCAACCCUUGGCUCUGUGGCCAGCUGGAAAGGAAAAUAGAAGCAGAUAGUAUACCAGAGUUUGACAGUUUAAUCAAAUUUGAUGAUAAUUUGAAGGACAUCAUCGACUUUUCCAAGUUUGCAGAUGGAGAUUCUCUCGAGCAGGUUUCAAAGAAGCCAAAGAGGCAGAAUUUGUCAAAGGAUAGAAGCAGUACAGGUUACAGUUUGAAUAGUUACAUUAAUACGCUAGAAUCUUCACUGGAUAAAAGCGACAAGCAGCAUUCGCAGAUAAAACAAAGACGUACUGUUGCCAACACUUAUCCUACUCCUUCCUCACUCGCUUCGCCAAAAGUGUCUCCGUCCAGCAUGUCUGCAGUUCAACCCUCUUCUAUCACAUCUAUUGCUUUACCAGGUUCGGUGUUACUAUCAAGAUCCCUUUCUAAGGCCAAGCAUCCAAUCCGGCCCGUUUGUGAGAACUGUCUAACUUCCACAACCCCUCUUUGGAGAAGAACUACAGACUACUAUAAGAUUCUCGGAGUGCCGAAAAAUGCAGAUGAGAAGCAGAUUAAAGAUGCCUACCGAAGCCUAAGUAAGAAGUAUCAUCCGGAUAAAAACCAAGGAGAUGAUUCUGCUCAGCAGAAGUUUAUUGAGAUAGGAGAAGCUUACGAGGUGUUGAAUGAUCCGGAGAAGAGGGCUGUUUACGACAGGUAUGGAGAGGAAGGCAUCAAAAAUGGAGGCAACCCUGGUGGACCCGGUAGAGGUGGAGAUCCGUUCGACAUGUUUUCUAACUUCUUUGGUGGAGCAGGUGGACGUCGGGGAAGACCCGGUAAGCCUAGGGGUAACGAUGUGACAAGGGAAAUUACCCUCACUUUGAAGGAUUUCUACAAUGGAAAAAGUAUGGAUUUCCAGAUUGGACUUCAGGACAUCUGUGACAAGUGCCACGGUACUGGUUCCGAGGAUGGAGAGAUGCACACUUGUCCCGUGUGUCACGGUAGGGGACGGUUGAUACAGAAGAGGCAGUUGGCACCUGGAAUGAUCCAGCAGUUCGAAGCUCCUUGUAGUGCAUGCCGUGGAAGUGGUAAGAAAAUCGAUCACAAAUGCAGUAAAUGUCACGGUGAAGGCGUGUUCAUCAAUAACAGAAAAUACAACAUUCAUACUCCACCCGGAUUGGAGAGGAAUCAUGUGGAAGUGUUUGAAGGAGAAUCGAAUAAAAGUCCCAACUGGCUAGCGGGAGAUCUACGAGUGGAAGUUAGAGAGUCUCUGAAAAGUGGAAACCUUGGUUACCGUCGUGUGGGUAGUAAUUUGUAUCGUACUGAAGUUCUUUCCAUGAAGGAAGCCAUCAAUGGUGAGUGGGAAAGAGAGAUUCCAUUCUUGGACGACUAUGAGCAGUCUUUCAAGAUCGCCAGAGCAGAAGGACAGACUGUUCAGGAUAACGAGGUCGAAGUCAUUAAGGGUAAAGGUAUGCCACUCGCUGGUUCCGAAGAAGAUCAUGGUAAUUUGUAUAUUCAGUAUAGAGUCAUUUACCCCGGAGGUGAUUUCAAGAAAUUGAAGAAGAUUCACGAUGAACUAUAG